AUGUCGCGUUACAAGAGCCUGGAGCUAUUCAAGUUUGGCGUGUACGUUACUAUUCCAGUCCUGCUAGUGGGAGCCAUCGUCUAUCGCCCUGAGAACCUGGAAGCCAUCAUCCGCAACUGCCUGGUCACAGGGGGCAAUGGCUUCCUGGGUCAGCACCUGGUCGCCCAGCUGGCUGACAGCGGCGAGUAUGAGGUGACGGUCUUUGAUAUUCGCCCACCUGUCAUCCCCUUCCCCGGGGUCAAGUACAUCACCGGCGACCUGACAAAGGAGGUCGAUGUGGACGCCGCAUGCAAAGGCAAGAACGUGGUGUUCCACUGCGCCACGGCGGCCCCCACUGCCGCCAACGCCGCCAACCUGAAGCUGAUGGACGCGGUGAACGUGCAGGGCACGCGCUCUGUCGUAGAGGCGUGCGCGCGCCAUGGCGUCUCGCGCCUUGUCUACACCAGCUCCGCCUCCGUGGUCUUCGACGGCUCGCCGCUCGUCAAGGUGGACGAGUCGACGCCAUACGCGGCCCGCCACAUGGACUACUACACGGGCACCAAGGCCCAAGGCGAGGUGGCGGUGCUGGCAGCUAACGGGCGCGGCGGCCUGCGCACGCUGGCGCUGCGCCCCAGCGGCAUCUUCGGCGAGCACGACACGCUCCUCGUGCCCAGCGUGGCCAGCAACGCGGCGCGCGGCAAGCUCAAGUACAUCAUCGGGUCUGGCCGGAACUGCAUGGACUGGACCUAUGCGGGCAACGGGCUGGGCUACCCGCGCCCCUCCGUCCGCCUCCCCUUCCACCUCGUCUUCUUCAUUGCGCUGCUCAUGCAAUACGUCAUUCUGCCCCUGCUGGCCCCCUUCAAGAAGAUCGACUCCGACUUCACCCCCUUCCGCAUCAAGCUGGCCAGCGUGGACAGAACCUUCAGCUGCGAGGCGGCCAAGCGGGAGCUGGGGUACCGCCCCGCCGUGUCGCUGGAUGAGGGCCUGCGCCGCACCCUGGCCUCCUUCCAGCACCUGCGCCGGGGCGUGGGCGGGGCGCGGCCGAAGAGCACCUGA